CGAUCCCAUUUUAUACAACUCAAUAUUAGCCCUGAGAUAAUAUUAACUUUGUGAUCAAAUAUUGACUUGAGGCGCCUCCAAAUCCUCCCCCAUCUCCACGCAGCGCACUAUCCUAACAAAGUUGCUUGACAUGUAGGGGGGGGCGAAACUUUUCACUCGGAUUAUAAUUCAUAAGUCUAUACGUAUCUUUUAAAUCAGUUGAUUUUUUGUCAUGUUUUCCACUCAACAAACAUUUGAGUUGUUUGAUUUUGGGUGAUUGAUUUAAAUAUUUGUGUUACAGGCGCGUUUUGUGUGCGAGCACAGUCCUAUAUUAGGUGUCAACAUUUUCAGCGACAUUGUACAUUUUUAGUGGAUUAUCUGACAUCAUUUACUUGCCAUAGACUAACAGUGGCAUUACACACGUUCUUCAAUAUAUGUAGCUGUAUUUUUUCUCAUUUGGAGACUAUUUCUCGCGUGGAGCAAAACCUUCCACUGUUACCGUCAUUUAUUUAUUUCAAGGAGUCAUGCACCAAACGAUGGCAAGUCUGCAUGGCUAACACGACACUACAGAAUAUAACAAAAAAGAGCAAUAACAUAACGAGAGCGAAAGAACGAAUACACCUCCAUACAUGUCAGUCACACAUUACAGCUAUAGCAUGUCAUUUAGGCGUAUCUGAGGCGCAGACUAUGCCUUUAACACUUUGGACAUUAAAACGCCUUCAUACGCUGUUGGUAAGCAUUUACCACAAUCUCAACCAGUGCUAUACCUCCGUUGGCAACAUGAACACCGGCCUGGGAAUGAACUCUAUGAAUACCUACAUGAGCAUGUCCGGCAUGAGCAGCACUGCCAACAUGACGGCCAACUCCAUGAACAUGUCAUACGUCAACACGGGCAUGAGCCCCUCCAUGACCGGCAUGUCACCGGGAACCGGAGCCAUGAACGGCAUGGGCGCAAGCAUGACUGCCAUGAGCGCAGCCCUGAGCCCCAGUAUGAGUCCUAUGACCGCGCAGCCCGCGUCUAUGAACGCCCUGACAUCCUACACCAACAUGAACGCCAUGAGCCCCAUAUACGGACAGUCUAACAUCAACAGGUCCAGAGACCCAAAGACCUACCGCAGGAGCUACACUCACGCCAAACCCCCGUAUUCCUACAUUUCCCUCAUCACCAUGGCCAUCCAGCAGUCUCCCAGUAAGAUGCUGACACUGGCCGAGAUUUACCAGUGGAUAAUGGACCUCUUCCCUUUUUACCGACAAAACCAGCAGCGCUGGCAGAACUCCAUUCGCCAUUCUUUGUCCUUCAAUGACUGUUUCCUCAAAGUGCCGAGGUCGCCGGAUAAACCAGGGAAAGGCUCCUUUUGGACUCUCCAUCCGGACUCCGGGAACAUGUUUGAGAACGGCUGCUACCUGAGGAGGCAGAAGCGCUUCAAGUGCGACAAGAAGAGCAUGAAGGAUCCCAGCCGUAAAGGGGGAGACGGCGGCUCUUCCAACAGCAGUUCUGAAAGCUGCAACGGCAACGAGUCGCCGCAUUCCAACUCCUCCACCAGCGACCACAAAAGGUCCCUGUCGGACAUGAAGACGAGUCAGGCCCUGAGCCCGGAGCACGCCGCGUCCCCGGUGUCUCAGGGGCAGCACCUCAUGUCUCAGCAUCACUCGGUUCUUGCGCACGAUGCGCACCUGAAGCCGGAGCACCACUACUCCUUCAACCACCCGUUCUCCAUCAAUAACCUCAUGUCCUCGGAGCAGCAGCAUCACAAAAUGGACCUAAAGACUUACGAGCAGGUGAUGCAUUACUCCGGCUAUGGCUCUCCUAUGGCCGGGGCUCUUUCCAUGGGCCCCAUGGCGGGGAAACCCGGUCUGGAUUCCUCAUCCAUACCUGACACAACUUACUAUCAAGGCGUCUAUUCCAGGCCAAUCAUGAACUCCUCAUAAACUUCCAUAAGAAAUGGACUUUGUUCCCCUUCAAUUUGUACAUUUGUAAAAACAAAAAAUAUAGACUUUGUGUACAAUAUGUAUUUCAAAUAUUUUUGACGUUUCCCACUGUUUUAGUUGUCGAGUUUGUUAGUAGCCUAAUUAUUUUAAGAGGAUGUUGAUAAUUAUAAUUAAAAGUAAUGAUAAUGUGACGAGAUCUGUUCAGAAGUCGGCUUCAGGAAUGAACCCCAAAGACAACAACAACAACAACAACAACAACAACAACAACUUGCUGUAAAAUAGCCUACAUCUGCGUUACUGGAUUCCGAAAUGAAUUUAAAUGCCUCGCAGGAUUUCUUCAAUCAUUUGUGUAAUUCCUAUUUAUGGCUUGUAUAUGUGUAUUCUUGUAGUGACAAGAGCAGAAUCUAUAUUAAAGUGUUAUUGGUUUUGUUUUCUGAAAA